GGCGAUAGUGUCAUGGUCACAAGCGGUCACUUCCCCGACUGAUGUAACGACAUCGACACACGCGUGUAAGCGUUGACACCUGUCUGAACUUCAGCCAUGGGAAUCCUGGAGAAAAUCGCGGAAAUAGAGAAAGAAAUUUCUCGAACACAGAAAAACAAAGCCACUGAGUACCAUCUGGGUUUGCUCAAAGCCAAGCUAGCCAAAUACAGAGCUCAACUUCUGGAGCCCUCCAAGUCAGCAGGGGCCAAAGGGGAGGGGUUCGAUGUCAUGAAAUCAGGAGAUGCCCGUGUCGCUCUCAUCGGUUUCCCCUCUGUGGGUAAGGUAUGUCAACAUGGUGGACGACUUCUUAUAGGCAAGGGUAGAGGUCGACAGGUGAUCGCUGUUGCCAGGACAGCAGAUGUUGUCGUCAUGAUGUUGGAUGCCACCAAAGGAGAUGUUCAGAGGGCACUUCUAGAAAAGGAGUUGGAGUCAGUGGGCAUCAGACUCAACAGAAUAAAACCCAAUAUUUAUUUCAAGCCCAAGAAAGGUGGCGGCCUCUCCUUCAACUCCACAGUUCCUCUCACCCAGUGCUCGGAGAAGCUCGUUCAGCUCAUACUUCAUGAAUAUAAAAUCUUUAAUGCAGAGGUUCUCUUCAGGGAGGAUUGCACACCAGACGAGUUCAUUGACGUCAUUGUUGGGAACAGAGUUUACAUGCCUUGCCUAUAUGUGUACAAUAAGGUGGAUCAAAUCUCCAUUGAGGAAGUGGACCGCCUAGCACGCAGACCUCACAGUGUUGUCAUCAGUUGUGGGAUGAAGCUGAAUCUGGAUUACCUUCUGGAAAGGUUGUGGGAAUAUCUGGCUCUGAUCUGCAUUUAUACAAAGAAAAGAGGAGAGCGCCCUGACUUUAAUGAUGCCAUCAUCAUGAGAAGAGGAGCAAGUGUAGAACAUGUGUGUCAUCGAAUCCACAGAACUUUAGCCAGCCAGUUCAAAUAUGCCCUGGUUUGGGGAACCAGUACCAAGUACAGCCCUCAGAGAGUGGGCCUAACGCACAUCAUGGAGCACGAGGAUGUCAUCCAAAUUGUUAAGAAGUAAAAGAAAAGAAGAAAAGCUUCUGUUUGGACAGAGGAGGAACUCGCCAGGAGAGGAGGAAAAAAUAAACUGUAUAGUAGAGAAUAAAAACAAAAUAAUACCCACCAUCCUUAUUUUGUAUAUGGAAAUUAAGAGAGGCAGUGAAUCAAAGCCCUUACAAGAAUUGGAUAAGGACAGAAAAUGGUGCAUUUUACCUUUUGAUUAAGAUAAAGAGAACACAAGAUGCAUUGAUUCAGAGAGAACAUGGAUAGAAUAAAGUCCAUACAACAUU